AUCGUUGUACAUAUGAAUAUUUCGAGAGAAUAUCUUCCCACCCAUGUCAUAUUUCGGCAGCAUACAGCUGUAUACGCAUGACAUAUGUAGGGGAAAACGGAACAAAAUGUUGCGAUAGUCGAAUUGCGCUGCAUGUGUUUUUCCAACUUAUUCGGUGUUUCAUCGACAGCUGCACCAUUCUUUCAAGCCUCCUUUAUGUUGUUUUACGGUUUGAGAUAAAAAAAAGGUUUUGCUUUUCUACCCACAAGAAAUGGCAAUGGGUAUUUCGCCCCUUGUUUCUCUAAAUGUUAUGCCAAAGAAGUGUAUACGAUACAAUACGUCAUCGGUGUAAACAUCAACAGCGGAGCUGGAAGAAUAAGCUUUUCUGCUGAAACGUAUAUCCUGUUUUUGCCGGUCCACAAGUGUACAGUGCAUUUUCGGCGCUUCCUUGGCAAAUAUGGCUGGACGUGGUCGUGGUAAAACUAGUGGCACAUUAACGCAAGAGCAACUGCAAUCGUUGGGUGUCACUAGCAAAGAAAUACAGGCGGUUACAUCGGCAGCUCCGCCACCAUUGUAUCCCCCAUUACUGUCCAAACCAGUGCCGCUGGAGUCCAACGCUGAUCGAAAUUAUAAAAUACUGUGGAAGGAAGAUUUCAUCUCGUAUUUGCGAGAAUCAACGUACUACACAACCAAGAAAAGUUCCAAACUGUCUGUCCAGCGUUAUUGUGAUAAAGUGAUUAAUGUCAUAGAAAAUGAUCCAAAAACAAAGCGCGAAGGUGACUUUCUGUGGAAACUGAUGCCUGCCGAAUUAAGACCUAGCUUCAAGCGCAUGAAAGCAGUGCCCGGAACAACAACGAAAGCGAAGCGCAUACGAAGUGCGGAUGACAUUGAUGCGAAGCUAAAAGCACUUGAGCAAAAAGAAUCAUCAAGCGAUCAUGCCGAUGUGGUUAAAAAGGAGAAAAGUGAUUCAGAAGAUGAUAAAGAUGGAGAAGAUCAAGAAGAAGAGCUCAUCGAUGAAGAAAUGGACGACGACAAUGACUAUGGUAACAAUUAUUUCGAUAACGGCGAAGCGUACAAUGAUGAAGACGAUAAUUUGGACGAUGGUCCAGUUUAUUAAGUUCAACCACACGUAUAUAACUGUACCUAUUUUAAAUAAAGUUUGCUGUUGAGUAGUGAACAACCCCAACAGAAGGCUAAUGUGACUGAGCGAUCUCGGAAAAAAAUACCAAAA